AUGCAGAGUCCAGGAAAUCUAGAAAAGAAACUGAAUGGACCCUGGAUAGAGGAAUUUUCCAUGAGGCUGUUAAGAAAAUUAACUUUGAGCCUCAGAUCGAUCUAUUUGCCUAUAGGCUUAAUUACCAGUGAAGUAAGUAAAGUUAAACUUUAUUCACACAGGGUAGCCCGUUCAGCUCUAAGGCUGAUAUCCAUAGGGGCCCUGUUUCUUAAAAAUAAUUUACGUCAAAAUUCUCAAUGAUAUAUAUACAUGACUAGAAUUUUAAAACUACAUUAACAGCCUAAGACUACGAAGCCAAAACACAAUUAAGACCUAGAAUAGUAGAUAAAAUAUCAAAGUUAAGAUAAAAAGAAAUGUCUUGCUCGGCGGCAGAACGUUUGAAUGUUUUCACUCUUCACAAUGUUUAAAGGGAGUUUAUUAAAAAAUUUCUGCGCCAGUAAAAAGAAAGGUCCUUUUCCCAAAAUUUUGUUUUACUUUUGGCAGGGAUAGCCUCAUACUUUGCCUUGUGAAGUAAUUGUGAACAUUCGAAAAUCUGGUAAAAUAUGAUGAAAAGUAACUAGGAACUAAUGAGUGAAGACAGAGAAAAACGAGUUUAACCUUGUGAUAAUAGCGUCUACUGGAAAGAGUCGGCCAUUGCAGCUGCUCUAUUGCUUCAGAUGAGCGAGAGCAACGUGUAAUAAUCCGUGCAGAUCUAUUUGGUUAGCGCUUUAGUUGAUUUAUAUCUUGCUGUAGAAGGUUACUCCAGGCAAUGUCAAUUACCGGCUAAGGCCAUUUGUUGCCUACCAACCAGAUCCUGAAGCAAUGGCUAUUAAUGCCUUUCCAAUUUCUUGGACACCUUGCAAUUUUUAUGCUUUUCCUCCUUUUAGUGUCAUCCCAAAAGUGUUACAGAAAUCCAAGUAGAGGAUGCCACAGGACUGUUGGUUGUGCCAUGCUGGCCGACUCAGCCAUGGUGGCUAUUGGUAAUGAGACUGCUGGUUCUGGAAAACCUUGUGCUUCCCAUAAAGAAACACACGUUAUUUCUACCUCAACAGCCGGACUUGGUGCAUCCACUACACCAGAAGCUCACACUUCUGAU